AUGUCUACAUAUGAAGAAGAGCAUAAUAUAAACAAUAAUGAGUCCUCAGAUGAAGGGCGUCAGGAAGUUAGAGAUCAUUUCAGAACCCUAUUCCAGCAGUUUUACGGACCUGGUACCCAUAGAGAUGGCACCGAGCGAGGCGGGGAAGCAACUACGACGCUACUACAAUUAUUGUCUCAAUUAAUGCCUGAGGAUCUACAAGAGCAAUUGAUGCAAUCGAUGGAUUCUGCAAGCAAGCAAGGCUGCUCAGAUACUUUUAUCGAUUCUCUGCCCAGAAUUCCGCAGAAAAAGCUCAAAUCUGAUGACACAUGUCCAAUCUGUUGCUCAAACUUCAUAGCCGACGAGUACCCAUUAGUAGUUGAACUGCCACAUUGCGGUCACAAAUUUGACUUCGAGUGUGUGUCUAUGUGGCUAACCAAGAACACUACUUGCCCGAUGUGUAGGGACGACGUCACGCACAAGAAAGAGCUACCAGAGUUGGACACGAGCAAAGUAGAACUGGAGGAGGACUGGGGUAUGUACGGCUAA